UGUCUUCAGUAGUCAGUCAGAGCUGAGCCACCGUUGUCAGGGACAGGAUGCUUCCAUGGAGCUGCUCUCUGGCAAAAAUUACUUUCUAAAGUGCAAUAUUUAUAUCAUGCUAUUAGCAUGUGCCACCUGUACUGUGCUGAAACUUGUGGUACCAUCUCCGACUAUUCAUGGCAUCAAGGGACAGCCUCUUAUCCUGCCCAUUCACUAUGACGUCGAUACGUCUGUAUCCGGAGUCCAAAUCAUAUGGCUGCUUGAAAGGCCGCGGGACCUGGCGAAAUUGCUGAUAACGUCCUAUAAUCAGUCAGUUUUCCCAGAUAUGGAAUUACGACACAAGUUUACACUGAAUCCACCAAAUGCUUCCUUGCUGAUCAAUUCCUUACAUGUAAGUGAUGAGGGAAGCUAUACUGUGAAAGUUAACGUAGAAGAAGAAAUCACUGUGUCAGCCACUCAGAAGAUCGAAGUCACUGUAAAUGUUCCAGUUUCAAAGCCCAUUGUGAAAAGUGAGCCAUCUUACGGGGCCGUGGAGUAUGUCGGCAACAUCACGUUCAGAUGUUUGGUGUUGAUGGGAAAUCGAAUAUUAUAUCAGUGGCUAAAAAAUGGGAACCCCCUGCAGGGCAGCUCCAGGUAUUGGUUCUCCCAAAGUAAAGACAUGUUCACCAUUUCUCCUGUCAUGAAGAGCGAUAUUGGGAACUACAGCUGUUUCGUCAAGAAUUAUGUCAGUGAAAUGGAAAGCGACAGGAUCACACCGACGAUCUAUUAUGGACCUUAUGGGCUGCGAGUGAUCUCAGAUAAAGGACUCCAGGUCGGGGAGGUCUUUACCAUUGACAUUGGGGAAUCUGUUCGUUUUGACUGUUCUGCUGACUCAAACCCACCAAACACAUGUGCCUGGAUCCAAAGGCGUAACAACUCCACCGAGAUCAUCAACUAUGGACCAUACUUUAACCUUCUCUCCGACAAAGUCAGACAAAAGACUGUGGAUUACUUGUGCCGGGCGUACAACAAUAUCACCGGGAAAGGAGAAGAGGCCCAAUUUACUGUCAUCAUUACACCCAUCGACGCAGAAAAACUCUCCCAGGUUUCCAAUUCCUUGUCGCCGUUGGCAGCCAUAACAGGAGUGUCGCUAUUUGUAAUCCUGUUCAUUAGUCUUCUGUUUGUGUGGAAAAAAUAUCGGCUUCAUAGAGCCAUUCACUGGAAGCUUCAGCCCAGAAGGUCUUCAGCAGAAUGUAGACGGACACCAAUAUUUUCAGGGCACGAAGACGCUAUUAAUGAUUUUGGGAUAUAUGAGUUUGUUGCCUUGCCAGAUGCUUCUACUCCUCACCGUGUGUCAGGAGCUGCUCCUAAUACUUUGCAAGUCCAGGAUAUAAAUGGCACAGUCUAUGAAGUUAUACAGUACGUCCCAGAGCAAGCACAAAGUGAUCCGCAAUCGUAAAGAUGACAACGUGGCUACAUAAAAAGCACCAUGAAUGUUAUACUUCGUGUCAUUGUACAGUGAAAUGACUUGCAGUUAAAUACCUCACUCUUCUGCCAGUAACUGACACAUAUUACCCCACAGUCCUAUGGUUUGUUGUAGAUACUAUAAUAAUACAAUAACAUCUGCAUGCCAUCCAGAUAAAUAUUUCAUCCCUUUUAUAAGGGACACAAAUGUUUUAUACAGUGUAUGUGACAUGCUGACUAGGGUCCGGUUUGAUGUUGCGAUCAGACUUGGAGUAAUUAUCUCAUGUGGUCUCAAUCAUCCAGUCACAAAAUAUGUAUAAAUCAUAAUUAUCCUAUAAAGUAUGAGUUGUCAGUCCUUCUGCCAACAGUAACAAUUUCCAAUGGGCAAAACCUGCCUGACAUACUGUACCAGAAAAGAGUUGUGGCCUCUCUAGGAAUGAGCGUGGCAAAUACUUGUCUGCCAUGGUUCGGGUGGACCAAAUUGUGGCCUAAGACUGUGGUUCUCAUGUUUUCCUCCUUAGCUGGCACCUACUGUAAGUAUCAGCGUGCCAUUGUGCUGGGACGCCAAGUGCCAAUAUAUAAUUUACCCUGGAAUACAAUGUAUUGUAUCUGCCAAUUAGGGGACCCUAGAAAAAGAUUCAGUGUGACCUGACCCACACACGUGGCUAAUUUGUCCUAACUCACCAGUUGUGAAUGUUGGGAGAUACGCAUGAUAUUAGAUUGUAAGUUGUAGGGAGCAAGCAUCCCUCUUUCAUGUCCUAAUUCAUUCUUAUAAUCAUGGCACUACAUUAAUCAUUGUAGAAUUAAGGUACACGUUGACAUUGUGGACGUUUGCCAUCUUGUGGGCUGAACCAGUGGAUAUGAAUUUGCUGCCUAUCAAUUCACUAGGAACCAAUGACAUCACUGGGGCAUGAACUGUAAAAAAAUAUAUAGGGUUAUGGUUCAGUGAUGUCACCAAUUCCUAAUAACAUCAGGCUGCAUUCUGAUUGGUUCAGCCUACUAGGCAGUUAGGUAUAUUUAUUGCGCAUUGGCAGCUGGCACACUUCAAUAGUGAACUGAUAUUAUGUGAAUAGAGCCGCCAUAGAGAUGGGCAGGUCAUUAUGCUGUAUGGUAUUGUUGGGGUAGGACUGGGAAGACUUAAGACCUAAUUCCACCCGCACUUCAACAUUUUGAGGCCGUUUGUGUCAUAAAGCAAACAUUUCACUAAAUAACUUGCGAACACUAGUAUCUUAUAAUUUGCCCAGCAAAAGGCGACUGCACAAAUGCCUUCCCUGACUGAAAUCCAUCCUCAAACAAUUAGAAUAUAUGAUUAUAUUUAUUUAAGAUUCUUUAGAAGGGGUGUGCACUGUAAGAUAACUUUAAUGAAUUAGCUUGUACAAGCUCAUCCUGCAAUCUUUACUGAAUACAUUGCUUUCUUCUUGGGCCUCCUUCUGUGCUUUUCAGCCACGCAGGAGCGUAGCUAGCAAUUUAUGGGCCCCAUAGAAAUAUUUGUGAGAUCCCAAUGGCUCACACAGAAACAUGAUAGAGACAAGAAAGAAAUGACACCCAUCAGAUGUAGGCAGUGAUGCAAGUAGAAAUAUUUUCUUAGUGGUACUGAGUGCCGAAAAAUGGGCGUGGUCCAGAGCCGGAUUAAGGGGGGUGCCCCGGGUGUCAGUACCCCGGGCCCCCCUGUCUUAAGGGGCCCCCCGGCCGGAGCUCUGCACCGCUCUACAGGUUGGCGGGGCAGGAGGGAUCCACGCUGUGCAUGCGGCUUCCUCCCCCCUCCUCUCGGGCAGCACGGUUGGGGACUGAGUCAAGCAAUCUCCAGCCUUCGCUGCUGCCAGGAGAGAUGCUGCUGGCGGCAGAGGCUGGAGAUUGCUUGACUCAGUCCCCGACCAUGCUGCCCGAGAGGAGGGGAGAGGAAUCCGCAUGCACAGCCACACUCCUCCCCCCGCAGCGUGGAUCCCUCAUACCCCGGCAGCCUGGUGUCACUGUCUUCUCUUCUCCCCCUGCUGCAGCGCGGCUCCCGUUGCCUGUGACCGCGGGAGGUGUGC